CUGUCAUUAAAUUCGUAUAUUUAUUGCCGUUUUUUAAAAGUGCGAGUGAUCACAGAUAAUUGUGGUGUUUGACGAUUUCAAGAUAUGGUACUUCUUACAUAAUUUGCAACGAGUAAUGCAAGCCUAAUGAAGGUAGAUGUUUAAAGAUGAUAGCUAUGCUAUUUUGGCGACAGACAAUGCAUUGCCAUCUAAAGUCUUUCUAGAUAAAUUUACGAAGUUAGUUUAAGCAAACAUAUCCUAUCGAAUACUAUUUCGCAUAACUCUAUGUUGAAAAAGGUCUACCAUAAUCCCUCGUUUUUUUACUUUUUUAUACGAACGGUAAAAAAUUAACGUAUCCGUUAUAUUAUUGUAUUUCUGAGAUCUACCAUAGUUGUUUUACAUCAAUUAUGGCACAAAAUGAAUCAAAUACCUUACUUUUGAAGAAGCUUCCUAAACAUGAGAAAUCUGUGAUCAAAGAAAUGGAAAAAGAAAAGUGCGAUUUGUGUUGCUUAUGUUUUACUUUGAAGUGGUGUCAACAUACUUUUGAGGAUCCUGAUUACGUCUUCGAGCACUAUUACAUAUGCAAAGAUUGCUGGGAGGAUAAUAAAGAGUACUGCAAAAGUGAAUGCUGGUUUUGCAAAAAGGUCUUCAAAGUGGAAUUGAGAAAAUUAAAAACAAUCAAAUUCAGCGGUAGAAAAUCAUUUUUUCUCUGUCGCAGAUGCUUGGAUCUCAUUGAAUAUGUCCCAUGUGUUCAAGACAUCUUAUUUUUCUGAAUGCUGGACCAUUCCGUCCAAACACAGAUUCAUAUUGUAAAUGAGAUUAUUUCACUAAAAUGUACUGUAUUCAUCAAACUGCAUUUAUUACUUUUUUAUAAAAUAAAGAAUUUUUAAUCUAUGAAUAA